UUUCACGUGAGAGGGCGCAAGCAGUUGUUGCAGAGCCAACAUGGCAGCCGCCUAUCUUGCUUCGAAACAGUAUUCCGACCGUGAAAGGUGGGUAUGUAUAUACCCAGCAUACAUAAACAGUAAGAAGACCAUUGCUGAAGGCCGGAGACUUCCAAAAUCUAAAUGUGUGGAAAACCCAACCUACCAGGAGAUUCGGGAUGUGCUAGACGCAACUGGCUUCAAAGUAGGAGUUGAGAACAAGUUGUACCCCCGAGAACAAAACAAGGACAGUCUUUUGUACCGAGGUCGCAUACGAGUCCAGUUGAAGAACGAUGACAGCACACCAUGCAACCCGGAGUAUCCGACACGUAAAGCAGUCAUGCACCACAUCUGUGAUAUGAUUCCAAGAUUAAAGACCCGAACCCAGCGGCAAGGUGGGGCCGACCAGCAAGCCCAGGGCAGUGCCAACGCAUCCAAGAAGGGAGGCAAAGGAGGCAAGGGUGCUAAAGGGAAGCGCUAACUCCCAUGCUCUCAUCAGCUUCCGAGACGUGCACCAUUCUAAUGCAUUGAAACUUUGAUGUGUCCGGGGUGCUGCCCGCCUUGUAUAAAGAUCUUUUUUCCACUCUU